AUGGCCGCGCCCACCCCGUCUCCGCCCGCCGUCGCCGCCGACGCGCGCUCGAACCCCACGCGUGGACGCACCCGCGUCGCCGUCGCCCAAAUGUGCUCCACCGAGGACGUCGAGGCGAACUUGUCGACGUGCGCCGAGCUCGCGCGGCGCGCCGCGGAGCUCGAGUGCGUCGCGCUCUUCCUCCCCGAGGCGUUCGCCAGGAUCUCGCGCUCAGGGAAGGCGUCGAUCGCGACCGCGGAGUCACUGGAUGGCCCGAUCGUUCGCGCGUGCGCGGCGAUGGCGCGAGAGCACGGGAUGUGGAUGUCGCUCGGCGGCGUCGCGGAGCGGGACGACGCGGGCGGCGACGCGAGACGAAGGAACACGCACGUCUUGUUAACCCCGCUCGGAACGAUACACGGUGAACCGUAUCGAAAGAUUCAUUUGUUCGAUGCGGAGGGCGUGGGCGUGGGCGGUGGGGGGUUGAUGGAGAGCGAAUGGACGGCUCCGGGCCGGGAGUUGACGUCGCACGCGACGGAUUUCGGAACCGUCGGCGUCAGCGUGUGCUACGACGUGCGGUUCCCGGACGUGUAUCAGGCGUUGAGGUUCGAACACGGAGCGGAUAUUUUGAUCGUUCCGAGCGCUUUCACGAAGAUCACGGGACGAGCGCACUGGGAGGUUUUACUGCGCGCGCGAGCGAUCGAGACGCAGUGCUACGUCGUCGCCGCGGCGCAGUGCGGGAGACACAGUGAGACGCGGGAGAGUUACGGGCACGCGAUGAUCAUCGAUCCGUGGGGGGAAAUCGUAGCGAAAUUAGACGACCCGGAAGAGGGCGUGGGGAUCGCCGUGGGGGAGAUUUCGCUCGAAUAUGUGGACGAAGUGCGACGAAAAAUGCCCAUAGCUUCGCACAGGCGUCCGGUUCGUCGUGAAAAUUUCACGCUCGGCUAG